AUGACCUUUGUUCCACUAAGAUCUGAUCUUAUUCAGAAGAUCUUAGAACUGAGGAAUGAUCCAUCAGAGAACAAGCAAUGGGUUGGUGAAGUCAAUUAUGUUGUAGAAGGCAAGAAAGAACAGAGAUAUUUACUUUUGACAGAAUGUUGUUUAUAUCUUAUGACAAAAACAUUCAUCAAAGGUAAUUUUGAGAUCUCCCAAAUCGAAUCAAUCUUCGAUAUUCUUGAUGCUUCAUGUAACAAAGACGAAUUAACGUUAAAAUUCAAAAAUGCGACGUAUCAAUUCAUUUUACCAGAGUCAGCUUCAUUGAUGACACUCAUAUAUACACAAUAUCGUUAUCUUCUCUAUCAAAUCAACGUAAAUACUCUUCCAGGCGUCCAAUACAUUCCAGCAGCCGAUAAAAUUGAACAGCCAACGAAAAGACCCCCUAACAUCUUGCUCCAUCGUUAUAUUUCAGCUUCAAUUUCUAAAAAGACGGAAAUAGAAAAGCCAGUUGUUCAAAUUCUUUCUGCUUACGAUCAAAAUCCACGAAAAUCAUUUACAUUCAAGAACUUCGACCUUGUCAACUCAGCGGCAGUCUUCUUUGCCUUAUCAAUGGAAGGCCAAAUCCGAUAUUUAAUUUUCGAUAAUUUUACACCACAAACUCUUGGUCAAAUCGUUUCCUGGGUUCUCACAGCUGCAAACAGAUUUUUCGCCGUCACAUUCAGGAACUACGAGACCGCAAAUUUCGAAGGACUCGCAAAUCGCAGAUCUCCUCACAACCACGUCAAUACAGUCAACCUAUAUAACUGCAAGUCCGAGUUCGUUACGAAUCUUAUCAGCCACCUCAAAGCUGCCACUUAUUCUCUUGAAUCUCUUGUAAUUCAGACAAUGGAGUUUUCGGAGUCACUUUCCAAGAAUUUCGUUAACGCAUUACAGAACUUUGCCAUAUUCAACAACCUUUCCUGCCUCGCGUUCAUCGAUUGCAAGAGUACGACCGGAUUAAUCGAUUUCUCACUGGAAGUCAUCCGUAGCAAGCCAACAUUGCGUUCCUUGAACAUGGAAUCCUGCAACAUCGACGUCUGCCAGAUGCUUAUUGAGCUUGGCCGUUCACAAUCUCAAAUUCAAUGUUUAGUUUUGAGAAAGAACUUCGGAAAGACCACGAUGUCCAUUGAUGAGGCCAUAUCUCACUCCCUGCUGCAAGUAGAUGUCGGAGAAUGCGACUGGACGGCAGAUGCUUUGACCGCAUUCUUCACAGCCAUUUGCAGAUGGACAAGGAAGAUGCCUUUGGCCCUCAUCGUUGAUGGAUGCAAACCAACUAAGAUUUGGUCGCAAGUUUUCUCAAGUUUGCCGAUCGAAUCUUUCAGACCGGUAAUUACCGAAUUGAAUUUGAGCAACAACCUCUUCGAUAGUCGCACAUUCGAGAAACUAUUGAGGUUCAUCGAUACACAGUCCCCUUUGCUCUCAAAUUCCCAGACAAAAUUGAUGCAUCUCGCCAUCAAUCAUUGUUUCAAGGAAUUCGAUGUCGAAAGCUGCUUGGACCAACUCAUAAAGUUCUUUACAGUAAGAGAAUUAUGGGGUUUGGAAAUUUGCGAUACGACAGAUUCUCAAAAAACGGAUAUAUUGACCAAAUUCAUAUCCUCGCUUACUGAGAUACCGAGAUUGACCUCUUUGUCUAUCUCCGGUAACGUUUUUUCGAAUUCUGCCGCAAGAGCUUUGGCAAAUUUCAUCCAAGAAAGUUUAUCCAUCGCAGAAUUGUGUCUCGAUAAAACAGGAAUUAAAGAAUCCGACCAAUUAGUUUGGAUUUACGAUCUUUUGCUUUCAUCAACUCAUAUCUUGUCAUUUAACCGACCAAUUGAAGAUUUGGUACCUAUCGCACACUUCAAUGAAGUCAAGAAGAUCAACCAGAAGCUGGCAAUGAAAAGACAGCUUUCUACGACAAAUCAGAGAUUAUCUUUGUUUUUGUCACUUUCUGGAGACUUUGCAACACGCGUUCCAAGACCAAUUGAAAUGGAUUCCGACGAAUUAAUACCAGAACAACAAAAUACAAGUGAACUUUUGUUCGAACAAAAUUUCGUAAAUCCUGUUCCUUCUUUGUUCACUUUGGCAUCAUUAAACUCAAUAGAUAUGAGUGUAGACCCAUUGGCGUCAAUGGUUACUGAAUAUAUCGCAACUUCUGGCAGAUAUGGAAUUGUUCCACCGACAGCUCCACCUCCUGAAGCUCCAAAGACACAAUUCGCACUCCCCGUGAUAUUCUCAACAAUGCAGCUGCAGGAUGAAGUCGAUCCUGACGCUGAUGACUUAGAUUUCGAUCCAAAUGAGACAGAUUUGACCGAAAUUUCAGCUUUACUUGGUGCAAAACUGAAAGAAGACGCACCACAGUUGUCUGUCAUGAGACCUGCUCCUAAAUGGACAGAUAGAAAGACAAUGAUGACAAUACCUCUUGUUGAAUUUACUGCCGAAUAA